AUGGAUAAGUUGGGCAUGGAUAAGUUGGGCAUGGAUGUGAAGCGAGAAGUUCCGCAGUCGGGUGAGUUGUACUUGGUGGCGGAUGCUCAGUUCGGGCGCAUCGAAGAGGCGCUGAAGGCGGGUGUACGAUGGGUGCAACUGCGCGAUAAGACGAGUAGCACACGUACUAUUAUCGGAUACGCGCGCCGGCUCAAACUGCUGUGUGACAAGUAUGAUGCUCAUUUGAUCGUGAAUGAUCGAGUAGAUGUCGCGUUCGCCGUUGACUCCUACGGAGUACACUUGGGCCAAGAAGAUAUGAGUCCAGUUGUUGCGCGACGCAUCCUGGGUAACUAUCACUGCAUUGGACUUACCAUUCAACCAAGAGACCUACCCGGCUGUCCUUUGAGCUUCCGCAAAAUUCAAGAUGAUUCAAUUGACAAAGAAAACACGCGGCAAGAUAAAGAUCCGGGGGUAGAGCACGACCCGGGGGUAGAGCACGACCCGGGGGUAGAGCACGACCCGGGGGUAGAGCACGACCCGGGGGUAGAGCACGACCCGGGGGUAGAGCACGACCCGGGGGUAGAGCACGACCCGGGGGUAGAGCACGACCCGGGGGUAGAGCACGACCCGGGGGCAAAGCACGACCAGUGGGCGAGGCCUUAUGAGGAGUCGCUGCAGACUGAAGCUAUAAAUGAGCGUGAGGCGUUGGAGCGGGAAGAGUUUAAGAAGAAUCUGGCUGUCGCUGAUUACGUUGGCUUAGGAGCGGUCUAUUCUACUGCGACUAAGCAGACGGACGUGAUCGGUAUAGAAGGUGUUAUCUGGACUAUGCGCCGGCUGCGCGAAGAGUUUGGUUACCGAGGCUCGUUUGUGUUGAUUGGAGGUCUGAGUUUAGAGAACGUGGAGGGGGUACUUCGUGCCGUGAGCAAGGCGGUGGGUGAGGUGCCGGGGGUGGCGGUGGUGUCUGCAAUCAUGUCGGCACCUAAUGCCUUACAAGCGGCGACGGACCUGCAAGCGUUGUUGAAUAAGGUCACGACGUCGCCUCUCCCGGAUAGCCCUUUGUUCUGGAAACAGAAUGUUCGGCGCGUUCUGGCAGCUGUUCAGAUACACAGACCGGUAGUCCAUCAUGUAACGAACCAUGUCGUGGCCCACCUAUCUGCGAAUGCAUGCAUUGCCCUUGGCGGCAGUCCCUGGAUGACUUAUAAUCUGCUUGACCUGCCUGGCGUGAAUGCUGUUGCAGACGCAACUGUGUUCAACAUUGGGACCAUCGACUUCGACGUCGACGCGUUGUGCGAACACUUCCAGAAUCACAACACGCGCAACAUCGUAUUCGACCCCGUCGGCUGCCACUGCUCCGAAUACCGGCUUGCUCUUGCCUCCCGCAUCAUCCAAGAUCUCGAUAUCGCAGUCAUCAAGGGAAACGCUGCCGAAAUUGGGGCACUGGCUACAGGCAAAUGCCUCAUCGGCUGCGCCGGUUUGGACGCCACCGCAGGCUCGGCCACAGGACUGGACUCAAGUGCUCUGAGCCUGACUACUGAUUUAGACAAGACUAAUAUAGGCGACAAAUGUACGGUUUUGGACGACGGGACUACUGCUCGAGGCGGCGGGACUGGAGCGGACGGGGCUACUGUUGAAGGUGAACCUGCGGAUGUGGACGUUGCGUUACGAAACAUAAUUGACACCGCGCAGGCCUUGAGUAGUAAGACAGGUUCCGUGGUCUGCGUAACAGGCGCCCGAGACGUGGUGACGUACCAAGGACAGACGGCCGUUCUUGAGAAUGGCCACGCAUUCAUGGCGAACAUCACCGGGACUGGGUGCAUCACUGGCACGGCCAUUGCCACCAUGCUCGGCGUGGAGCGGGACCCGUUUCUGGCGACGGUCGCCGGCGUCGCGGCAGUCACCUUGGCUGGGGAGGUUGCAACCGAAGAGUACGUCUCCGCCGGGCGCCCCGUGGGCAUGACCGUUGGGCCGGGGCUGUUCAGCUUGCGAUUACAUGACGGUCUCUUCCUUAUGCGUAGUUCGUUUCCCGAGGAUAAGUUCCGCAUAAGGAUCAUCUAG